UUCCGCGGCUGCUAGGCUUGACGCCGCGAUCUAUUUACUGUAGAUCCUUCUUUACGGCCGCAUACGACGAGCAUAACGCCCAGGCCACGACUCUUUGGAAACAGGACAACUGCAGAUAUGGCUCUCGAAAAGCUCGAGCUGGAACACGUUCCCUCGAGCUGCCAGAUCUAUGCCGCCUUCUUUCGUGACGUGUCAAAUGCCGACUUCCUUCACGCGCAACUCCUCUCUCGGAACAGCGAAUUCAAGUACGCCUUUAUUGAUGCCUCGUCGGUCAUUUCCCGGCUACACCUCCUCUCGGCCAUCUACAGCGCCGUCAACGUCUUGCUGGACGGGUCACUACGAACACCCAAUGUUCACUCGGAGAUUGUGGUAUCGUUCAAUGCCAACAAUAACAUCGCAGACGCUUAUCGGAGAUGGGGUAUCACUCCUGGCAAGACAAAAGACCUGAUUGUGGUCAAGGUCGUGCCACCGUCGAAUGCACAAGAUGGAGACUCGGCACCAAUACAAACGCAACAGGCCAUCUGGGAUCACUUGAGUCAGCAUGUCCACGGAAAGCCGACACCUUUAACAGAUGCCGAGCUUGCUCAAACUACCGAUUGGCCCAAGGUGCGCAAGUAUUACCGUCUCAACGGCGUCCCGGCGCUGGACCGAAUUUCCGACGAGCAGGAGAAGCGGAAGCAGAGUGAGAGGUUGGCACUCAUGGGGAUGGCGUUGCGGGGGUUAUGAGAAUCGGGCUACUGGCUGCGAUGUUGGAACUGGCUUCAUAUGAGGGGGACAGAAAGUCUCACCAACAAGGCAGCCUGAGGCUAGUGGCCUGCCUUCCAACCCGCGCUC